AUGGCGGAUGGCAUGCUCUUGAACUUUGCGGCAGGUCCGACUGCUGGGCCUGUGGCACAGAAGUUCAGAGGAGGCUCGUGGAAGGACCGGGUGCGCGCCAAAAAAGCGGCACGUUUCAAUGCCAUGCGAAGAGACGGGCAGCAAUCGAAGCCUACAGAUGGAACGCCCAGAACUGGUCCGAACGCCGAAGACUUCCCUGAUGAACGGCCUCCCAAGCGAAGACGUAACGACGACUCGAAGUCUCAGCAUGCGACGACGACAGCAUCAGCAAAAGCAUUCGAGAAGAAGCCACAUUCAGCGAUUCGUAUCAACCCAGAUGGCUUCGUGUCCUCGCUUUUCACCUCUAACCCGGUCUCGAAGUCAGCAGAAACAGAGCUUGAGGCAGAUGCAACACCGGCACAGCCAUCAAACGCACCUCUUAUAGAUGGCCUCGACACUUUCACCUCGCUGGGGCUCUCCCCCACGAUCGCAGCCCAUCUACUCACGAAGAUGGAGUUGAAGAAUCCCACAGCCAUACAGAAGGCGGCAGUGGCGCAGAUGCUGAAAGAAGACUCUGAUGCAUUCAUUCAGUCCGAGACAGGAUCAGGCAAGACCCUGGCGUAUCUGCUACCAAUCGUUCAGAAGAUCAUGAACAUGAAGCCGGAGGGAAGUGAGACAGGUAUACAUCGUGAUUCUGGAUUGUUCGCCAUCAUUAUGGCUCCUACGAGAGAACUAUGCAAGCAAAUCUCUGUAGUCCUGGAACGGCUUCUAGCUUGCGCGCAUCAUAUCGUGGCAGGAACGGUGACGGGUGGUGAGCGCAAGAAGUCGGAAAAGGCACGGCUGCGGAAAGGACUCAACAUCCUGGUCGCCACGCCCGGUCGGCUUGUCGAUCACCUUGACAACACCGAGGUGCUGGAUGUCAAAUGGGUUCGGUGGCUCGUCCUCGACGAGGGCGAUCGCCUUAUGGAUCUCGGCUUCGAGCAGGACAUUAGCAAGAUCAUCACAAGCCUAGACCAGAAACGACGUAAAGGAAGCCAGAUGGGACUGCCGGAAAAGCGAACAACUGUGCUUUGUUCGGCAACGUUGAAAAUGAAUGUUCAGAAACUCGGCGAGAUCACUUUGAAGGAUGCAGCACUAAUCAAGUCCGACGAAGCCGUCACAACGUCUUCCAGCGAAGCGUCUGCCUCGACGGCUUUUCUUGCUCCUGCACAACUCAAACAGUCCUACAUUGUGGUGCCCUCGAAACAGCGCCUCGUCACGCUCACUGCGCUUUGCAGAAGAAUCUUCGCUCGCAAAGGCUCUGUGAACAAAGCCAUCGUCUUCAUAUCCUGUGCUGACAGCGUUGACUUUCACUUCUCAGUACUCACACGCAACGCGACUUCUGCCACCCCAGACACACCACCAGAAGACCUACCCAACGAAGUUCGGCAGUCGCCAGAUCUCACUACAACUUCGCCCAUUACACUCUACAAGCUCCACGGCUCCCUUCCGCAACCCACCCGCACAGCCAUAGUUCGCAAGUUCCACGCAGCCACGACGCCGUCUCUCCUCAUAGCAACCGAUGUGGCCUCACGCGGCCUCGACCUCCCUAACCUCGACCUCGUCAUUGAGUACGACCCCGCGUUUUCAUCGGAUGACCAUCUCCACCGGAUCGGACGCACUGCACGCGUUGGUCGGGACGGUCGUGCCAUCAUUUUCCUCCUCCCGGGCUCUGAGGAAGGCUACGUCUAUGUCUUGCGGUCAUCGUUCAAGCCGGACCUAGACAAUCCCGCCAGCAGUUCAGUAACGUCGCGCUCUACGGAGGAGGUCCUCCGGAAAGGGUUCUCGCCCAAUGUGGAUAGUUCGGGGAAGGAGUGGGAGACGAAAGCGACUGAUUGGCAGCUGGAGGUGGAGAGAUGGGUGAUGGCUGACAGGGAAAGGCUGGAGGCAGCAAAGAGCGCGUUCCAGAGCCACAUACGAGCCUAUGCGACGCAUAUUGCGAAGGAGAGGGUUUGGUUCGAUAUCAAAGAACUGCAUCUGGGUCAUACGGCGAAGAGCUUUGGGUUGAGAGAUGCGCCUGGUGGAAUGAAUGUCAAGGGCAUGAGAGGCAAGAAUACUGGUGGCGUCCAGGCAAAUGUUGGCAAAAGGAGGAGGCCGGUUGGAGGUGCUGCAGAAGCAGGCAAGGUGGAUGUGGAAGACACUGGUGACCAGGACGAGGCUGCAAGAAAAAUGCGCGAUGUGGUUAGGAAGCAGAGAAACAUGAUGCUGGGUGCCGGUGGUGCUGAUGAGUUCAACCUGGCCUGA